UCUGUAGUGGCGCAGCUCUCUCUGUCUCUCUCACACUCUAGUGAAACCCAGCUACUGGUUUUUCAUUUGAGUUGGGGGGAGGUGGGGGCUAUACGAGGGGAGUUUCACUGGACAGCCUGAUUGUUUAACCCUUGUCUAUACCUCAUGCCUGCAUUAAAGCUACAGGGUGUCGCCCAGCUCAGGCUGUUCAGUUUUUCAAUUCACAAUCAUGAGGCUGCAUCGCAGGGCACACAGCCACACGGAAACAAUCAGACAAAACGUCUUGCUUUGAAACAGCGAAACGGGAAGAAGGGAAAACGUUGAAAAAUAAAUACUGUAAAUUAGAGAUUUAAAGUGCUUAUCAAUAACGGCGCUGUUUAUAAAGUGGAAUAAAGCAUAGCUAGUCCCCUCCUCAGCUCUAACCACUAGAGCCACACUGCUUCCCUCCCUCCCAGUCCCUCCUCAGCUCCACUAGAGCCACACUGCUUCCCUCCCUCCCAGUCCCUCCUCAGCUCCACUAGAGCCACACUGCUUCCCUCCCUCCCAGUCCCUCCUCAGCUCCACUAGAGCCACACUGCUUCCCUCCCUCCCAGUCCCUCCUCAGCUCCACUAGAGCCACGCUGCUUCCCUCCCUCCUGCUUUAUAUUUUUAUUGCAGCAAAUGAGACUGGGCUGUUCAUGCAGCAGGAACAUUAGAAGCUAUAAAUGACGUCAUCAAACUCUGUCACAGUUUAGGAAGCUGUAGCUAUGUCACACAGAACAAAAACAAACAAACAAACAAACAAACAAACAAAAAACAAAAAAACUCGACAUUUGGAAACACAAAAAAAAACAAAAAAAACCUGCAACGACAAACGCUUUGGCUAAAAGUCUUGUCAAAACGUAGUGCCGUGGGAGUGUGUUCAGUUAAAAUGCUUCUGUAAAGUGAGCAGCCUGUCUAGAUUUCACUACCCUUCGAGGAAAGCAAAGUCUAGCUUCUGUAGUCCUUCCUCCUUCCUAGUUCUCUCAUUUCGGUAAAAGCAGUGCACUCCCUCCCCUCACUGUUUGUUUCCCUCCCACACUCCAGAUGACAGGCAUUCUUCUCUCUCUUCACUAACUCCACUUUAGGAUGUGACUCAUCUUUCCAUUCUAUCCCUGCUUCCCCUCUUGCCUCUAGAUUAAAAGACUGCAUUCUUCUUUCAUCUCUCUCUCUCUCUCUCUCUCUCUCUCUCUCUCUCUCUCUCUCUCUAAUUUGAGGAGCAGUGCAUCCCUUCUCUGCUCUGUCUCUCUGUCUAAUUUAGGGAAUGGUGCAUCCCUCUCUCUCUCUCUCUCCCGCUACUCUCUCUCUCUCUCUCUCUCUCUGUUAGGCUGAGCUGGCAUCGUUCCUGUUUGUUUUCAGCCAUUUUGGGCUGCAGACACUGAAAGAAACUGCUAAAUGGCUGCCUCUCUCCUCUGAGGCCGGAGAUCUCGUUCCUCCUGCAACUCUUCCACCGAGCAGAAAAAAAAAAUAUUUUUUUCAGUCAGUCAGCCUCUCAGUCAGUCAGUCAGUCAGGCGGUCGGUUAGUUCUCACUGUACUGUGCGUUCCUCUAUUAGGAUAACGACAGGAGUAUCUGAGAUGCUGCUUCAGCUAAAGCAAGGUUUCGGGGCAACAACAUGGUGUCCAUGGCAGAGGCCUUGGACUCUGGCCACCCCAGCGCCCUCCUCUCGCACCUGAACAACCAGCGCACGUGUGGCGGACUGUUCUGUGACAUCACACUCAUCGUGGGGGAAUCCAAGUUCAGGGCUCACCAGAACAUCCUGUCUGCCUGCAGCCUGUACUUCAAAGAGCUGCUCUCCUCCUCCUCCUCCUCUCCUCUUCCUCCUCCUCGUCACGCCCCCCUCCACAGCGAGCGAGUUCUUGAGUUGCCAGAGCUGAAGCCAGAUAUUUUCGCGGACGUCUUGGAUUACAUAUACACCUCCAGGGUCUACCUCCGCGGUUUCAAGCGUACCAAGGAGCUUGCCAAAGCCGGGAAGAGGCUGGGGAUCCCGUUCCUGGAGAACAUAGCGGAGGAACAGGGAAGCAAAUCCAGCAAGAUAGGCAUCAAAGCAGCCGGCGAUACGACCACAACAGCUCAGCCCUCGGACCUCCCCUGCAACUUUACACCAAGGUUUCUCGGGGGAAACGAGCAGCAAGUGUCUUCAUACGCCGGGCCGGAGGACUCCGCAAGCGCACAGUGGAGGAUGGCGGCCUCAGCAUCAGUGCAGCAACUCAACCCCAGGGCUGGGCUUCAAUCUCCGUCUCCAGUGGACCUGACGGCCCCAGCCAGGAAGGACUCUGAGUCGCACCAAUCUUCUUCCCCCAUUGCUCAGUUCCAAAGUGUUUCACAUUUACUUCCCCCCCAGGGCACUGUACCGACUUUUCCCGCCACGGGCCUUCAGCCCUUGCCUCCAGAGACAACCACUCCCAGGACAGCGAGAGACACAGGCCGCAGCCCCGCAGCCGCAAGCUACGCUGAAAACUUCGAUUCCGAACGGUCUACCGCAGAAACGGCUAAGAUACUGUUCACUCUGCGCACAGCUGCAUUCAAAGGAAUGGGUAAUAACAGCGAAACGGCGGUCCGAAAAGCUGCCGAUGACGCCGCGUCCGAAGACGGAUUCACCACUGCAAAUUCAACAUCAGAAGGGCUGCUGCUGCUGCCGCCACCCGAGCAUCUCGGCCCAACCCGUCCUUCUGUAAAGGGGUUCCUCUGCAGGGUGUGUAAGCGGUCUUUCAGCUCGGCCUCUUCCCUGAGCACUCACCUGAAACUGCACAGGGCCGAGAGGGCGCUGUCCUGCAGGCACUGCGGCAGAGCGUUCAUCCACAACAAGAGGCUGCAGUCCCACGAGGCCGUCUGCAGAGAGGCGCCACAGAAGGGAUCGCCGGCUCCACUGGCGGCGGGCAGACCCAAGAAGCUCCUCCAAAGCUGCGAGCAAGGGGAAGAAGGGGAGGAGGAAACUGGGGAAGAGAAGGAGGAAGAGGAGGAGGAGGAGGAGGAGAGGAAUCCUGAGCCAGAACCGUCAGGUGCCAAGUCUUCCACCAACAAGAAGGGACGUGGUAUUCCGGUACGCCCCCGGAGCUUCCAGAGGAUGGACCUGCUUGCGGAGGAGGACCACUUCGUGAAAGUGGUGGACGGCCACAUUAUCUACUUCUGCACGGUCUGCGAACGCUCCUACAUGACUCUGUCAAGCCUCAAGCGACACUCCAACGUGCACUCCUGGCGCAGGAAGUACCCGUGCCGAUACUGCGAGAAGGUGUUCGCCCUGGCAGAGUACCGGACCAAGCACGAGGUGUGGCACACUGGGGAGAGGCGCUACCAGUGCAUCUUCUGCUGGGAGGCCUUCGUCACUUACUACAACCUCAAGACACACCAGAAGUCUUCCCACGGCAUCAACCCUGGCCUGAUCAGCAGUGAGAAGACAGCCAACGGUGGCUACAAGCAGAAACUAAAUGCCCUCAAACUCUACCGCUUGUUGCCCAUGAGAUCCCAGAAAAGGGCUUACAAAACAUACAGCCAGGCCCUUUCUGAAAGCAUUCUGCCUUCUCUGACAGCGCCUUUGGACAAUGGGCUUCCUGAGUCUCCGGGUUCUGAGGGGUUAUGCUCUCUGGGUCUGCACCCGGGGGGUGCUGGGGAUUAUAUAUUUCCGGCACCGCUGGACCCUGCCACUUUGGAACAAGGGGAAAUAACAAACCCCACCGGUCCACACAACCAGUCUAGUCCUGCUAUGCAUGGGAUAAGGGAGGGGGAGAUGGUCGAGGAAGCAGCAAAAAGCCUGCUGGAAAGCAGAACAGGUUUUCCAAGCGCAGAUGGUUCUGUCAACACGGUUAUUGCGUACGGUCACCCCAAGCCCUCUGUGAUCGUGCAUGGCACAGCUGUCUCCUCUGUUAUCGUGCACAGCAACCAGGUUGCAUCGACGUCCACGAACAACUGCAGCAGCAGCAGCAGCUAUCCGAGUCGUCGCCCCUCGUCCGAACCCUCAAAAGUCCCCCCACCCAUCAAGAAACAGGUCCUGAAGGAAUACAUCCAGUCCCAGAAAAGAGCUUCCAGUGAGGAAACAGAAGAAGAAGGGAGGAGAAGCGUAGGGGAAGACAAAAGAUCACAGAAACCUUGCAAGAGCUCCGCCAACGGCAACAGCGUUACCUAUGUGGCCAAGCCGGCGUACGUGGGAGCGUCUUCAGAGACCAGAGGCGGCGCCCCCUUGUGCCAGAUCACUGUGCGCAUCGGGGAGGAAGCCAUCGUGAAGAGGAGCAUCUCUGAAACGGACCUGAUGAGGGACAAGGGUCCCCCUGCCAACAAGACCAAAAGAAUGGACCCUCAGCACAAGGAGACGAACCAGCACCAGUACCAGCACCAACACCACAACAAGGAGACGAACCAGCAUCAACACCAACACCAACACCUGCACCGCAACAAGGAGACAAACCAGCACCAACGCCAACACCUACAUCUGCACCGCAACAAGGAGACAAACCAGGACCAACGCCAACACCUACACCACAACAAGGGGGCUGAACCAGAGAAGAAUAAGAAGUGUAAAGCGAGCAGAUUGAGGGAAUACAAUUUCCGCAGGGAGGUGAGGGAGGAGGAGAGUGACCAGGACGCUGAGGACAACCUCUGGCGGCCUUACUACACCUAUAAGCCCAAGAGGAAGACCCUGCACGUUCAGAAAGUAAAAAAAUCCAGCUGGAGGCGGAAACUCCGAUACAAGCGCUCGCUGCGGCUGAUGAAGAGGGCGGAAAAGCUCUUGGGCCGAAGCUUAGACGAGGGCGGCGACUGCAAGUCAAGCGCCGGUCUUCAGGAUGAGCAAGGAGCGCCCGAAGAGGAGGAGGAGGAGGAGGAGCAGGAGAAGUGCCAGAUCUGUGAAGAAACCUUCCCGGAUUUCCUCUCUCUGGAGAAACACGAGAGGAACCAUCGGACGGGCAAGGCCUUCGAAUGCCCCACCUGCGGCAGGCAAUUUUCCACUGUGAAAAAACUGGACAAGCACGAGCUGACCCACCUGAUGGAGUUCGUAUGCUUGCGGUGUCAGGAGUCCUUCAGGAACAGGGCGCUCAUGGAGGCGCAUCAGAAGACGCACCAGGCUGAAAGCGAGAACCGUUUCCCCCCGGAGCGGGCGUUCGUGACCGAAUCCAAAGAAACGGGCUACCCAGAGAAAAGUAACCUGCCCCGGCUAGGGAGAAGGCCGUCUGUCCGGCACACCUGCACCUCCUGUUCCAAAGUCUGCAAGACUGUAGCAGCACUGGGGAGGCACAUGAAAAGGCACGAGGCAGAGAGAGAAGAUUCAACAGAGCCUGGACCUGAACUGUAUCCCACAGCAGCAGCAGAAGCAGAAGCAGAAGCAACAGACUUAGACCAUGAUUUAGAAGCAAACAGAGAUCAGGCUAAAUCUAUCCCUGUUAUUAAUUACACCACAUCAGCAGCAGACGAGACAAGCGAAGGCCUGGCCGAGGUGAGCAGUUACGAGCCUCAAUAUGACAACCCGGGAAAAACUCAGAUUGAGUCUGACCAGGCAACGCCGACACAGCUGUCUGAAAUAUCUUCCAAUAAUGAACAAGUAGUCCUGGAAAAUCCUGGCUCAAGUCCACUGGGAAGCAAGAUUGUUCCCCCACCUGGGAGCCCGGAAGCUGCAGCUCCAGCCAGGGCUGAGGAUCCCAGUGGUUCGGUCCAGAGUGUUCUGGUUCUGAACAGCAGAGACUGUUUGGACUCUUGUCAGCAGCAGGAGGCUGUGACGUCUUACAGGGCCAUAAGAAGCCCGGUUGGACAGCCUCAGGGACCACUGCUGAUAACUGGGACCACAGAACACUGUGAGCCAGGGCUGCGUUCUCAGAGUUAUAACCUCCAAGAUGAGUGCACAGAUCACCAGUGCCAUACAGGCAGUGCUACACCAAGACUCAAUGGAACUGCAGAGGGAACAGUGAGAUCAGAUGAAGGAAACAAUGCUCAGAACAAUUACGAACAGGACACUGGCCCAUACAGUUAUCAAAGCACUCCGAUGAUGUCACACGCCGGAAGGGAGGACGAUGAUGGUCCCCAGAACCUGGUGAUGUCACACGCAGGACCAAGCCCUCCUCCUCCUCCGGAGCAAGCCGCGAUGUCACGGACGAGAGAUGAGGCUUCCGAACGUGGCGAAAUGGAAUCGCGUGGGCAGGAAGAGCUUCCUGUGCGGGGGAUGAUGUCGCACGCAGGAAUUGAGGCCCCUCUGUCUGCACAGGAACUGAUGAUGUCCCACCUAGCUAGAGAAGCUCUUCCUGCACCAGAUCUGAUGAGAACGCACAUGGGAAGGGCUGCGGCUCCACAAGAACUGAUGAUGUCACGUAACGGGAGGUCGGAGGGGCUGGCAAUGAUGAUGAUGAGGGCGCCUCAGAAAGAGGAAAAGCCCCCGGCUACAGAAUUCACUACGACUCAAACCACUGCAGGCACCGCUAACACUGCCACUGCUGCUGCACAUGGACGUCUCAUGCCACAGACCACCACUUCCAACAAGUGCCCCCAUAAAAGGAUCAAAUCGCCAAGCCUGGGUGCAAACACUCUGGCACAAGAACUGCUGAAGCCUCACUUGGGGCCUAACGCGACCGUCCGGGACGUGGCGAGGAUGGCGCACGAAGGCCUGAUUCCGCAGAACCUGAUGAUGCACCGCGGAACCGGAGACAGCGUGCGCGCCGAGAACCCGCUCACUCCCCACCAGUCCGAAGAGCUUCAAGACUCUGCUCCGCAGGACCUCCGCAUGGCGACGACCUUUCCGGUUCAGGAGUUCCCUCUGCCUCUCCUGGCGCCUGCCGGCUGCCGAUCCAGCAAAAAACACCAGGAAAGCCCCCUGCUCUCCUACCCAGCCGCUGCCAUGCAGUUUGGCGACCUGGGCAAGAUGUCUAGCGGUGAUCUCGCAAAGCUGCCUUUUUACCCGGACCCCUACCAACUGCUCUAUGGGCCCCAGCUCCUGGCGUACCCUUACAACCUGGCGGCUCUGCCCAUGGCUUUGAACAUGGUGGUCCCCAAUGAAAAAGGGCAGCCUCUCCCAUUCCUGCCGACCCUCUUCAGCUACGUGAACCCCUGUACGGGGCUCGUGCAGGAGCCCCACCUGGUAGCUAAAUCGAGUAGGAGGGGCGACCACCGCGAUGCCGUGAAUCAGUAGGUGAUGAAGAAGAGGACGGUGGCGGCAGAACUGCGUGCCUUCCUCUUCCUGCCACUGCUGUUCCGCCGCGAGAGACGGCGAUCGGGAGUCCUGUCGGUCGACCCAGAGGGUGUUUGCGGUCUCUACCCAUUCACACCCGCCACCUCUCUCCGUUUACCUCUCUGCCCUUAUUUGUAGUAGUCUGUACAAGGUUUCUGCUCAUAUAAACUGUCCUUUUGAGGCACCUUAUAGUUAACUGGGAUUGUGUGUGCUUUUAGUUCAAUCUGCUUCUCAUAGUGAUUGCAAAAAUGAUUUCAUGGCUGUUCAGUUUUUUUUUUUUGUUCUUUUUCCCAGAGAAAGUGAAAGGACUGUAACCCAUUGUGUGUCCGACAUCUCUAUAGUGGGAGAGGUUCAUCUUCUGUAGGCAAAAGAAAAAGGGUGUAGUGGCAUCAAAAUCCUACCUAAAUCUCUCUUAGUAGCUUCACUCCAUUCAACUGUUUCACCAAGGAAAUUGAUGGUGGCCAAAUACAGGGUCCCAAUAAAACAAGGGUAAAAUGAAGCAGUCAGAUGUGUUUGUCGUAAUGGAUUGCUACAGAAAACUCAGGCAUUUGAAUGGCGCGUAGUCUACAUUAAGUGAAGAGAGACCGAUAAAGCACAGCUGCUCUUCCAAAAGCCUGCUGACAAAAGGUAUCAAAAGAUGGCGUCUGCUAAAAUGAUCAAUUAGUUUAAUAGAGAUGCUACCCAACAGAUUCCCAUUCAGAAACUGUUAGAUUUUCACUAGAUACCUUAUUUAUAUUAUUAACUGAUGUUGCACAUGUUUGGUUGUUUUUUUUUAAAAAAGAAAAAAAGAAAAUGGUUUACAGAAAUAAAUGCUGUUGGAAGGUUUGCAGACUGCACUAGUUCUAGACAGACUGGAAUGUGCCUAUUAGGUUUGGAAUGGUUCAUGACAGGCAUUAAGCCUUAAAAACCAAGGAGCCAAAAAAAAAAAAAUGCAUUCCAUAAAAACCGAUCUCCAAUAAUGACAAAAAAAUAAAUAAAAAUUAUAUUUUCACUCUACGGGAGGCAUAGUUAGCACAGAAAAAUUAGAUAUAGUUUGUACUUCAAAGAGUUUUUUUGUUUAAUAAUAGUUAUUUUUUUUAGCUAGGAUCCACAUCGCAAUUUGUACUGUUUCCAAACCGCAAAGGCAGCCGCAGUACGACUGGUAUUGGUUCUACCAAAUUAAAUUAGUUACAAAUGUUUAUUUCAUGUUUGCCAACCAAAAAAAAAAAUGCAGUAUUGCAGUCCUACUUCGUCAACCAAAAAUAAAUAAUAAAUUCACGCCGCAAAAAUCUCCAGUUGCGAAGCUGCGAAAUGUAGAUGCCACAGAUAUUUCUUGUUUAUGGAAAAUAGAUAUUCCCGUCUCAAAAAUGUGUGCUUUAAAAGGAGUGCUGACCAAGGUUUUUAAAAUCCCUUUUCUCAUUAGCACUGGCAGUAGUUCUACCCCUGGUCUUCCCCCUUUUUCUUCUGUUGAUUCUGUGCAUGUAUUUUACGCUUCACUGUGCAACACGCAGAGAUCUCAAGGACAGCGCUAUAGAUGCAACGUGGCUGCAGCUACUCCUGGAUACCUAAUCACGUCCUGUGCUGUAGGUCAAGCUCACUCCAAUGGUGACCUACAGCUAGACACCAGGAUGCAGCAGCUUAUCGAUAGCUUUGUAUUUGAAAUAUGGGAAUCACUUUAGUUUAGGUAUCCGUUAUAAGUGAGCAUAAACACACACAAAAAAACACUGGCAAAAGUGUAUAACUGUACUGCAAGAGCAGCAAAGCAACCCCAUAUAAUUGGUGAGACAGCCACAGAAAGACAAUCAGACCAGAAAAGUAUAUCUGUUAUAACCGAUUAUAAAUAAUAGCGACAAAAAACCAAAAACAAACCAAUGGCAAGUGUAUAAUAAUAGUUCUUAUUUCUAAUCACAUUCUGUAAGUGUUAAUAACAUAAUUAAUAACAUGUUUUUAGAUGGUUUGUAAUCCCUUAUAACAGAUACCUAAACUAAACUGAAACAUUUACAUAUCCUGAUUGAAAAAAAAAAAAAGUGAAGGACCAACUCUCAACACAAUAAAAGGGAGACCAAUGAUUGUAAAAAAACCCCUCAAUUUUAAACCCUUGGUUAGGACUCCAGUAGAGGUGUACUAGACAGAAAGUGCCAUUUUGUAGUUUUGUAACUUUUAACUCCCCCCCCCCCCCCCCCCCAAUUAUUCAGAUUGAACAUUUUUGCGCCCAGGUAAAACGGUUUGAAACUUGUCCGGAUAUUAUUUCAUCCUGAAUAUAAACCCCGUGUCUUGAACUUAGUUUGAAUGCACUGGAUUCUGAGACUAUGUACUGUGGAGCUGUAGCCCCUCUGGCUAUUCAAACCAACUUCCAGUUUACCAAAAAAAAAAAAAAAAAAAAAAAGCAAGGCAAUUACAUGUAUUAUUUUUUAAAUCCUUUUUUGUGGUGUUUAAAACCAGUUAAAGUUGUUUGUGUACUGCUCUGGCCAAAAGUUUAGCAUCACCUAGAAUUUUAGGAUUCAGGCAUAAUUUUUAUAUAUAUAUAUAUAUAUAUAUAUAUAUAUAUAUAUAUAUAUAUAUAUAUGUGAACAUAAUUUAGAUAUUUUAUUUAACAUCUUGUAAUCAAAGAAACUACAAAAUGAUCUCGCAAAAAAUCUACCGGAAACCAUAAUAGUAGUACAGUAGUAUUUUGUGUUUUUGAAAUGUCACGUUUUUUCAUUGUUGUCAGUUUGUCGUGCAGUAUCUGGAAAACUUCAAAGCGGUGUGUAAUUCAGUAUGUUAGCGUUACGUUGUUCAGCAGGUUUCAUUCGACUUUAUAAAGAGAAAUGAGUUCAUUCUGGAGGGGGGGAAGCAAAACUUUUGGCCACAGCUGUAGAUUUUCUGGUAUUACCCAGGAUCAAAAAAACGAUCAAAAAAAGACUGUGUACUCCUGCACAGAAGCACUACCAGGGUUACAGGGGCGGCCUGUCUCACAGAUGUAACUAAAACAUAUUUAAUUUAAAUCUUAUUUAAUAUUAUUUGCUUUUGUUUGAAACCUAUUCGUUUAUCUUUGUGUUUACUCCAGGGGGAUUCUGUUUUGAACCCAGGAAGGAAUUUUCUGUUAACCCGUAUAAAAAUAAAACAGCCACAACAACAAGAAGAAAAACAAGAACAACUGUUCUUGUUAAGAGUUUUAUCAUUAAAAAUGUUUUUUUUUUAUUUUAUUUUAUGUAAAUCUCUUUUGCACUUGCUUCAAAAUCGGGCCCCAAAAAAUAGUUUGUUGAAUUAAUGUUUUGAUUUCAUUCUUGUAUGUGUCAAUACUGUACUUACUAAUAGUUUUUUUUUAUUUUAAAACUUUAUUUUAUGUUUAUAUAUAUAUAUUGUUUUUGUUAUAUAUAUAUAUAUAUAUAUAUAUAUAUAUAUAUAUAUAUAUAUAUAUAUAUAUAACAAGUUUUAAAACUUUUUUUUAAGUAUUAGUAUGACAUAUUAUAUGUUAUAUAUAUAUAUAUAUAUAUAUAUAUAUGUUAUGGUAAAAGUCAUUAUCUGGCAAAUCUUAUGCUUCACUGCUAAAUGUCAACAUUUACCAAGUGAAUAGAUUGCUUAUUGGGAAAGGCACUUGGCUAUUCUUGGGAUUUACCGGUAAAUGUCCACAGUAAAGCGUUAUUGUGAUUAUUUACCACUUUACUUGGUAAAUGUCGACAUGUACCAGUAAAUCUUGACAGCUGCCAAUAUUCAGACUUUUACAGUAACAUGAAUUCCCUUUUCCGUUGGGCUCUCUAAUGUACAUCAGCCACGCAGGCCGCAUUCCAGAUCUCUGUUUCCGCUGCCCAGCGUUACUCAGAUAUGUGUUACUAAAGAGUUAUAUUUACAACCUGCACUACGCUUGUCUUUGAAUUCAGAUCCUGGAAAUUACCUUUUAAGCUCUCGGAAUUACAGGCCAAAGCUAUGUAAGAAAACAGACCGGCCUUACCCUGCCCUGGUUUUCUUUCUAUCAUCUACAUUGUCAAAAUAUUCUGGACGGGGAAGCAUAUUAACGUCGCACAGUGCGCUGAAGCACCAUGCAGUAAUUCCCGUGCAACGCUAAUAUUCUUCCCCGCCUCACUUCCUCACAAUCAGCUUAGAGUUUGUUUUUUUUUUUCAGUAUUGUACAGAUCACACAUACUGGUAUAAUAAAGUGAAGUGAUUCUAGCCAGCAAACUAAUUCCAAUACAGGUCUCAAAUAUCUAGUUUUGAAAGAAACUCAUGUUAUACGAAACUUUUUUUUAAAAAAAAAACAAGCUAUCUGGUACUACACUAGGUUAAAGAAAUCUCUGUUUGCAUGCCCUGCUUUCAGUUAGGGUUGCACUUGCUUGGUCACCUGGACAGUGAAAUUGUCCCCACCCCUUUUUUUCCUGUCAUUAACCAACCAGCUGCUUCCCCCUGUUGACUGACAUGCUUUGCAGCCAGUAGCAUGACGCAGAAGACACUGCUGCGUAGGUGAAAUUACCCAGGAAGUGCAAGUGUCACACAUCUCCUGAGAAUAAGGCAUAGCAACUGAGAACUUUCUUUUGAACUUAAAAGUCGGACCAGCCUUCGACUUUUAUAAAAGCUGUACAGCGUGUUUCUUUCAAAGCUCCACAUUUGAGACCCACGUUGACAGGGGUGCUAAAUGGCUAAGACUUUAAGAAAUGGUUUUGCAUCACCCCCCUAUAAAAUGAAUUAAUUUUGCUUCAUAAAGUCGAAUGAAACCUGCUGAAUAUUGUUAUGUUAACAUAUUGAAUUACAAUCAGCUAUAUAAAGUAUCCAUUUGAGAUUUUCAACCCUAGCUGAGGGAGGGUAGGAGCAGCUCAGAGCAGGUUGGGCAGCGGAUACACAGACUGAUCCUCAGUAAAAAGGUUCACAGUAGCUGUGAGGGUAGCAGAUAUAGGCAGGCUUGCUGGUCCAGUGGUUCCCAGUUCGAAUCCCCUGAGCAAGUCACUUAACCUCCUUGUGCUCCGUCCUUCGGACGAGAAGUAAAACAAACAAGGUCCUAUUGGAAGUGACUCUGCAGCAGCCACUGACUCCCUGUGUGUGUGUGACCCUGAGCAAGUCACUGAACCUCCUUGUGCUCCGUCCUUCAGACGAGACGUCAAACAAACGAGGUCCUAUUGGAAGUGACUCUGCAGCAGCAGCAGCUGUGAUAAAAGCGUCUGCUAAAUGACUAAUUCAUUAAUAAUUAAUAAUAGCACUUCCUACCUGCGACAUGCAGCACUUUAUGUGGUUCUGAUCAUUAUCUGUUCCAGGAAACACGGUGUCACACUGUUUUUCCUCCCCACUAGCCAAAAAGUAUCUGAGAAGGUGUCAGGGUGGGGUGAGGAUGGAGGAUGAAAACAGCGCACUGUAUUGUGUACGUGCAUUUAUAUACUGCAUAUGUACAGCUCUGGCCAAAAGUUUUGUAUCACCCUCUAUAUAGAAUGAACCAAUUUUGCUUUAAAAAGUUGAAUGAAACCUGCUGAAUAAUGUUACGUUAGCAUAUUGAAUUGCACACCGCCGUGUUGUAGUUCACCCCCCCCCCCCCCAUAUACUUAAGGAAAAAAAAAAAAAAAAAAACUAAUACAAAAAUUAAAAAAUGUGACAUUUUGAAAUCUAACAUGAAAUACUACUGUAUUAGUAUUAUGGCUUCCGGUAUAGACUUUUUGCGUGACAAAAAGUUUGAGAACCACGGUUCUAUUGGAUGCAUGCUGCGGGGGGGGGGGGUGGAAUGUCCACUGAGUGGACCCCACACUACUCUCUCUGUCCACUAGAGCAGUGGUUCCCCCAACCCCGGUCCUGGGGGGACCCCCCUGUGUCUGCUGGUUCCAACUGACUUCUCAAUUACUUAACUAGACACUUCAUUGAACUGAUCAUUGGCUUAAUUACACCUUUUCAGCUCUUUUGAAGAAAAAAAAAAGCUCACAAACUAUUUAAAAGAUGAAAACAAUUAUAAAAAGCUCUAAUUAAGCAAUUGAGAACUCAGUUGCAAUGAAAACACAGGGGUUGGGAAACCACUGCACUAGAAGAUCCACCAUGCAGGUACAGGUGAGGUGCUGGGUGAGUCCGUCGCGAUUCUGACCACUAGCGCUGCGUCUGUUCAUCUGCUAACCGUCUUGUGUUUAUCAUAGUUCCUUUCCAGUGUUUGUCUUGCAAAACUGUUGUUCCAAAAAAAUAAAUAAAUAAAUAAAAACAAACAAAAACCAAAAAAAAAAAA